AUGGCUUGUAUCCUGGAUGACGGGAGCACCACGGCCAGGGCCUGGUAUGAAUGGUUCCCAGCUGGAGCUGAGUUUAUAGACGCAUUCCAAGUGCAGCCCGGAGAUCAUGUUGCCAUUGGAGUACAGGCCCACAAUACCACGACUGGCAACGCUACACUCGAAAACCGUAACACAGGCGAUCGGUACGAUGUCAGCCUUGGUGCGGACGGAGUCACGCAUUGGCAGAGUGUCAAUGGGGGCGUACAACUUGCCGCAAGCUUUCCCAUGGACAACAACCGGGUUCGAGUGUAUUCGCCAGAAUUGCCAUGCCUUGCGACAAGUUCGAAUGGGCAUGCAGACCUGCACAAACAGUCAUAAGCGUUGUUUGAUGUUGAUUGUUGAACUCUGACAUGAAUCAUCUGCAUCUGAUAUAUGACGGUGGCGCAAGGAUGUUACAGAUUCUCAACAGGAUGGUGACCACUGGAGCUUAGGUAAUUCAUGGUUGUUAUGAUGGCACGAGCGACCUUCAUCACAUACGAGCUAAUUUAUCAAUUCCGGCGAAUAAGUGGGAAUG